UUACCAGCAUCGGGGACACCACGGCUGAACCGGUGAAGUUCUUCGGGGCUGGACCUGGAGGAUGAUCGCCGGGUGGUGGUGGUGGCGGCGGUCCUUGCUGUAAUCGACGUAAUUCACACUCGAAGUCGGUGCAAAACAGCGUCUUCCACACAGGAUCAUCCCGUCCACAUUAGCCGGCUUUUCCCGUGAUUUAUCGUCGCCUGCGCCCAUUUGCCUGCACGAAGAUUACGUGUGCACGUGAGCCGGAGAGACUCUCGGUUGCACAGUAUUAUAUACACCGGAAAAAGACAAAUGGUCGCGGGACUAGCGGCUCUUCCUCGCGAGGCUGAUUGAAACUUUGAAUUUCGGCUGCGCCCGGAGUAAACAUUGAGGCGAGAGUCCCGUCAACUUCUCCGUCUUUCCCGCCGGACAAUGCCUGUUCUGCUGCCCAGUCAACCUGGACCGCGACAUCCAGUACCAGCUCUACACCAGGCGAAACCCGACGAUACCUCAGACGAUACAGCCCAACAACCCGUGCAGUCUGCGCCGGAGCAACUUCAACGGCAGCCAACCGACGGUCCUCUACAUCCACGGCUACAGCGAGCGCUCGCCGGGCAUAAGCGGGGCUAGCAUCAAGAAUGCCUAUCUCUUUCGGAACAACUUCAACGUGAUCCUGGUGGACUGGAGCAAGCUGGCGCCGAUGCCGUGGUACCACAAGGCCGUGGGCAACACCCGGAUAGUCGGGCCGCACGUCGCGAGCACGCUCCGCUGGCUAGAGUCCAUCGGGGCGUUCAACCUGCGAGCCGUACACGUGGUGGGCUUCAGUCUCGGCGCCGAGGUGGCCGGCUUCAUGGGCAAAGCCCUCUUCCCGCAGCGGGUCGGCCGCAUCACGGGUCUGGACGCGGCCUACCCGCUCUACAUGAACACGGGAGCCGAGGGACACCUGACCGCGGCGGACGCCGAGUUCGUCGACAUCAUACACACGGACGGCGGCGUGCUGGGCUUUCCCAUCCCGCUGGGACACGUGGACUUCUACCCGAACGGGGGCAUGCCGCCGCAGCCCGGCUGCAACGUGGAGAACGUAUUCGCCAUGGGCGUCAACAAGAUCGUCAACCGGUUCAUCACCUGCAGUCACAACCGCGCCUGGCGGCUCUACGCCGAGUCGAUCACGGACCCGGCGGGUUUCCCGGCCAGCCGCUGUCCCAAAUGGCGACCCGACCUGCGCGUCAACUGCCAGUGGUCGCCGGACGCGCUCAUGGGCUACGCGGCGACCCGCAGACUCAGAGGCAUGUACUAUCUCCGGACCAACGCCAACUCGCCCUUCGCCAGGAACAUCACGGGCUACUGCUGACGUCGUCUUCUCUCGCUGUGUCUUUUCGAACAGUCCCAACUGCCCGACGUACCUUGUGUUCACUUUUUUUACCUAGAUCCGUAAGAGCGCGCGAGUCUAACGCUAGAGUACAAUCACCAAAGUUUAUGCCAGUGCGCGUGUCGUGUCUCGCGACGGAUGAGCUGCUGAGCUGCAUUUAUUGUCGAGCGGAGUUGAAGAUGAACCCGCGCUUAGGAAUGCAGUGUCUCCGUUCUUUUUUACUUCGCCGAACAGUGAAAGCAGCGAGAAAUCACGUUGCACUUUCACGACAAAUGGACGAUAAAAUAUCGAGCGACAAUGGUGUCUUAUAUCGACGAGCCAUUUUUUGCGCGGCGCGAGUCGCCGAGAGAACGAUUUUACUCUGUAGUCAUUCCGAGCGUCUUUUAUUUUUGUGUUGCUUGAGUGAGAUUAUAAUACCGAGAGAUUUUGGCUUUAUUUCGUAAUGGACGAUUUGUUAUAACCGUGAAUUUACGCAAGCCGUCUUUGUCGAUUUUCCGUUGAUAAUUGUGUCAUAGCUCCAUACGUAACGCAUUCGAUUGUGCAAACGAAGCCGAUUUUCGCUAUUUUUCUAAUGCAACCUUUGUGAAAUAAAUAAACUUGUCACACGAGA